AUGUCAUGUUACCUGUUGUCUAAAGCCUUUUUUGGAAGUGCAGGGACACAAAAUGAAGAAAAAGAGGAGGGCCGUGAUGAUGAUAGUGAUGAGAUCCACUUUGAGCCGAUCGUGUCUCUGCCUGAGGUGGAGGUGAAGUCUGGUGAGGAGGACGAAGAGAUCCUGUUCAAAGAAAGAGCCAAACUGUACCGUUGGGAUCGUGAGCUCAAUCAGUGGAAGGAGCGUGGCGUGGGAGACAUCAAGAUCCUCUGCCACCCUGUGAAAAAGCGCUACCGUGUGGUAAUGAGACGUGAGCAGGUGCUAAAUGUCUGCGCCAACCACACCAUCAGCCCGAGCAUCGAGCUCAAGCCCAUGAACAUCUCGGCUAACGCACUGGUGUGGACUGCCACCGACUACUCCGAGGGAGUCGGGAAAGUUGAGCAGCUGGCGGCCAAGUUCAAGACUCCAGAGCUGGCCGAGUCCUUCAGACGAGCGUUCACAGACUGCCAGACCCACAUGACGCAGACUGACGCUGCUCAGACAUCUGCCACCGAGGCGCUUUCACAAAAGUCCAACCCUGUGGUGUUCUUCAACAUCACCAUAGAUGGUGAGGAUGCUGGGAGGAUCGUCAUGGAGCUCUUCGCUCACAUUGUCCCCAAAACGGCGGAGAACUUCCGGGCUCUGUGUACGAAAGAGAAGGGCUUCGGUUACCACCAGUCUGUCUUCCAUAGGAUCAUCCCUGGCUUCAUGUGUCAGGGUGGUGAUAUCACCAACCAUGAUGGGACGGGUGGAAACUCCAUCUACGGAAAUAAGUUUGAAGAUGAGAACUUCGAGGUGAGGCACACAGGGUCAGGGCUGCUGUCCAUGGCCAACCAUGGCAGAGAUACCAACAACUCACAGUUCUUCAUCACCCUCAAGAAAGCAGAGCACAUGGACUUCAAGCAUGUGGCCUUCGGCUUUAUCAAAGAGGGCAUGAAUGUGGUGAGGAGAAUCGGAGAGCUGGGCACUAAAGAUGGGAAACCCACAAAAACUAUCACCAUCUCAAAGUGUGGACAGAUUAAGUGAAAUUUUCUAGGCAAACAACUGUUCAUCAUGUUAGGGUCAGGGUUAGGGUUGUGUAAUCAGGACUUGUAUAUGCAAUGGUUUUUUAUAAUAUUUGUUCUGUGUGUUAAUAAACUGCACAGCACUAGUUGACAAUAAAACUUAUGCUUUGAAAAAAAAACAAGUAAAAAAAAAACAAGUUAAUGCUUUAGAUUAGAGCCCACAAUUUACAGUGCAAGUAAACAUAAUUUACAGAGUAACUCUUGUUUGAAACUAUAGUUUACCUAUACAAUACAUUAAUAAAUGUGAAUAAAAUAAUAAUGGAAUAAAAUGUGAAGUUUGGGGAAUAAAGUGGUAACAACCUGUAAAAUUACCAAUUAUUUAUACUGUAAGUAUUUUGAAACUGUAAGUAUUUUGAAGGGGCUACCUAUUCUAAUAUUACGUGGUAUGUAUGACCUACUAUGAUAAACAGCAGUUUUAUAUUAGCAAGUGAUUUAGCAAGAGCAUACACUGUGUAAGUUUUAAUAGUACACCUAUAAAAAAAACACUGGGUUAUAGUUUCAAUCCAAAAGCUUGGUUGAGACUGUUGGAUAAGGAAGCUGGCUUGAUCUGACACAAUUUGGGUUGAUAACAGUAAUAAGUAACCCAACGGUACUGGGUUAGGAAUGUGGAGGACUCGUUUGAGACGAGUCUAUCAUGUUUGUGGCGCUCAUGACAGGAAUAUGUGUGGAAAAUAGAAGAAAACUAACCAAAGCGAAAAGGAGAGAGAUAUUUUUUAAAUGGACUGGAGUGUGUUUUUCUCACAACGUUGAGUGACAACUGAUGAGCGGUAAAGCCCAGAACUGAACAGCUGAAAUGGUGCUUGAGGACUAUGGAUCAAAACCGUAAAUCAAAGAUGGUAAAAUCCUGUCAAAUUGCUAUAAAUGCACAGUUUAUUCUAUAAAUCUAUAAUGACAAAAAAGUUAUGCUGUAAGUUCUGUUUACUUGCACUGUAAAUUGUGGGCUGCAAUCUAAAGCAUUACCGAAAAAAAAAACUUAAAUUCAAUGUUAUUAUUUCCUCAAAUUUACAGGGGCUUAACUGAUAGGAAUGUAAAUCUUUGAAUACUUUCUUUGAUAAAUGUGUGUAUUUGGUUGAAAGGUCACUUCACUACUAUGAGGUCCCACACAAACACAGCCACAUUGCUUGCAAUUUUCAAUCUCCUGAACAUAAAAUAAACUUCUCAGUUAAGUGUGAAAAA